AUGGCGACUACCACUGCCUACGAUGGCGUAAACUCUGGGAUACAAGUCGCACAAAACUAUGCCCCUAUUACUGCGAACUUCGUUCAACUAGAAACGUCUUCGAAUCAAGCAUGUCUUCGGGAUUUGCGUACGACCAAUCCUUACGAUGAUAAAAGCCGUAUUCAGAAUACCAGUGGAGGGCUGCUAAAGGACUCAUACCGCUGGAUUCUAGACAACAAGGAGUUCAAACAAUGGCAAGACAGCCAGAACAAUCGUCUCCUCUGGAUCAGGGGCGAUCCCGGCAAAGGCAAGACAAUGCUCCUGUGCGGUAUCAUCGAAGAGUUGACACAAUUACAUGGAAAUACCGCGAAUGUCUCAUUCUUUUUCUGUCAAGCAACGGACGUGCGAAUCAAUAGCGCCACAUCCGUCCUACGUGGUUUGAUAUAUUUACUUGUCCAGAAGAACCCAUUCCUUCUCUUGCAUGUGCGGGGUCGGUACGACCAAGCAGGGAAAGCCCUGUUUGAAGACAUAAAUGCAUGGAAUGCACUGUCGACUAUCUUCACGGAUAUUUUAAAAGACCCGUCUUUAAAGAGCGCCUAUUUCAUAGUUGAUGCAUUAGAUGAGUGCACAAACGGUCUUCGUUCCCUUCUGGACAUAAUUGUGCAGGAGUCAUCAGUUCACUCUCAGAUCAAGUGGAUUGUCUCUAGCCGUAACUGGCCUGAAAUCAUUGAGCGUCUUAAUAUUGCAAGCCAAAUAGCUCCGAUUUCAUUGGAGCUUAACGAUAAAUCUAUGUCCGAAGCUGUGGAUAAAUUCAUUCAACACAAGGUUCACGCUUUAGCAACAGUUAAAGGAUACAAAAAAAAGGUUCGCGACACAAUCUAUCGCCACUUGUCUUUGAAUUCGCAAGGCACCUUCCUUUGGGUAGCCUUAGUCUGUCAAAAUCUUGAUAAAACACCGUCGAGGCAUGUCGCCAAGAAGUUGGCAGAAUUCCCUCCUGGACUGGAUGCUCUAUAUAGUCGAAUGAUCAAUCAGGUUCGUAAGUCCGAAGAUGCAGAACUCUGUAAGCAAAUACUGGCUAUCACAUCAACGGUGUAUCGGCCUAUAACGCUAAGCGAGCUUACUUCAAUUAUUGAAUUGCCGGAUGACGACUACGAUAAUCAUGAAGCCCUCUCAGAGAUUAUCGCUGUUUGUGGUUCUUUCCUGACGUUACGAGAAGAUACCGUUAUAUUCGUCCAUCAGUCCGCAAAGGACUUUCUACUCCGGGAAGCCUCAAAGGACAUACUUCCUAGAGGUAUAGGAGCUGAGCACAACAUGAUUUUCUUACGAUCUCUCGAAGUGAUACUCAAAACGCUUCGACGUGAUAUCUACAAUAUUAAGUUUCCUGGACUCUCGAUGAAGGAUGUCAGACAGCCCAGCCCAAAUCCACUAGCAGCGGCAGAAUACGCGUGUGUCUACUGGGUAGACCAUCUUCAAGGUAGCAAACAGAAUGAGUCCUAUGACCUUAGCCUUGAUGAGAGAAGUCACGUGGAUUCUUUUUUACAGCAGAAAUAUAUUCACUGGCUAGAGGCUCUUAGUAUUUUAGGAGGCGUUUCAAAUGGUAUCCAAGCGAUGCAAAAGCUUGAGAUAUUAAUCCAGGAAAAAACAGCCUCACAACCCCUAUUAUAUCGGGUACAAGAUGCUUCCAGGUUCAUUCGAUAUUAUAGAACAGCAAUCGAGAGCAGCCCUCUACAAGUAUAUUAUUCGCCCCUCAUCUUUAGCCCAACAGAGAGUCUCACGAGACUAUCUUUUCAUAACGAAAGACCGGAUUGGGUUUUGCAUAGUCCGGUAGUGGAGAAAAUUUGGAGUUCCUGUCUUCAAAGCUUCGAAGGGCAUAGUGAUGGAGUCAGCUCGAUUGCCUGGUCGCACGAUGAAACCCGACUCGCAUCAGGGUCCCACGAUGAGACUAUCAUGAUCUGGGAUCCAGCUACCGGCCAAGCCGUAUCAACUCUCAAGGGGCAUGUUAGUUGGGUUAUGUCGAUAUCGUGGUCGCAAGAUGGAAGCCAACUUGCAUCGGCGUCCGACGAUUCAACAGUCAGAAUUUGGGAUCCGGUCAACGGCCAGAGCGUGUUAACUCUCGAGGGGCAUACCGGUCCGGUCUACUCGGUUUCCUGGUCGCAAGAUGGAAGCCAACUCGCAUCAGCAUCUGAUGAUACAACAAUUAGGAUCUGGAAUGUGGCCACUGGCCAGAGCGUAUUAAGUAUUGAGGGUCAUAAUGGUCCAGUUAGCUCGAUUUCCUGGUCGCACGAUGGAAGCCGACUAGCGUCCGCGUCCUGGGAUAAAACAGUCAGGAUCUGGAACGCAUCCACCGGCCAGAGUAUAUCAACAUUUAAGGGGCAUAGUGAUUGGGUUAGAUCUGUUGCUUGGUCGCAAGAUGGAAGCCGACUUGCGUCGGCAUCUAAUGAUACAACAGUCAGAAUCUGGGAUCCAGCCACUAGUCAGAGCGUGUUAAUCCUUAAGGGCCAUACUGGUACAGUCACCUCGAUUGCCUGGUCUCAAGAUCCAACCCGACUUGGUUCAGCAUCUGGGGAUAAUACAGUUAGAAUUUGGAAUUUGGCUACUGGUCAGAGCGUGUCAAUUCUCAAGGGACAUACAGGUCCAGUUCACUCGAUUGCCUGGUCACAAGUUGGUAGCCAACUUGUAUCAGCGUCCGAGGAUAAAACAAUCAGAAUCUGGGACUUGUCCACUAGCAAGAGCGUUUCGGCUUUCGAUGGAUAUAGUGGUGGGGUCAGGGCAAUUGUCUGGUCACAAGAUGGAAGCCAACUUGCAUCGGCGUCCGACGAUUCAACAGUCAGAAUCUGGGAUCCAGCCAUCGGCCAGAGUGUUUUAACCCUCAAGGGGCAUACUGAUCCGGUCACCUCGAUUGCCUGGUCGCAAGAUGGAAGCCGACUAGCGUCCGCGUCCUGGGAUAAAACAGUCAGGAUCUGGAACGCAUCCACCGGCCAGAGUAUAUCAACAUUUAAGGGGCAUAGUGAUUGGGUUAGAUCUAUUGCUUGGUCGCAAGAUGGAAGCCAACUUGCGUCGGCAUCUAAUGACACAACAGUCAGAAUCUGGGAUCCAGUCAACGGCCAGAGCGUCUCAUCUCUCGAGAGGCAUACUGGUCCAGUCACCUCAAUUGCCUGGUCGCAAGAUGGAAGCCGACUCGCAUCAGGGUCUGGGGAUCAAACAGUCAGAAUCUGGGAUCCAGCCACCGGCCAGGAAGUUUCAAUUCUCGAGGGGCAUAUUAGUUGGGUUGCCUCGGUUGCCUGGUCACAAGAUGCAAGCCGACUUGCAUCAGUGUCCAGUGAUACAACAGUCAUGAUUUGGAAUGCGGCCACUGGCCAGAUCGUAUCAAAAGUCUAUACCGGCUUCGCCAGCCUCGUUAACUUCGAUAACGUUCCCUUCAAUCGUCUGCAAGCGACUGUUGCUACAUUUGAUAAAGGUUCAGUUUCUUCUGUUAAGCCUGCGCCUGAUGAGUCGAUUCCAUUGCCUGAGCACUAUGGAUAUGGCUUAAGCGAUGACUCUUCGUGGAUAACGUAUGGUGGAGUCAAGCUCCUGCGGUUACCUAUGGACUACAAACCGGCCAAUCCCUUUACAUAUGCUGCCUCGGCAACUAAUUUGGCGAUAGGUUGUUCAUCGGGUCAUGUAAUAUUCCUGAUGUUCUCAGAACAGAGCCCUUUCACUAGUCUUUGA